AUGCCUUCCUGCAAAUCAUCCAAGGAAUUCUACAGCCCACCUGACGACACUCCCCCGCCUCCUCCCUAUAAGCAGCUCCCUUUAUCUCCCUUGAUGGUCGCAGAAAUGACCACAACCCGCACCGAGAUAGUCACUACCACGACGACAGAAACAACAACGCAUCUUUUUUCUUUCCCUUACUGGCGCAAGCGCAAUGACCGUUCCUCUCCGCCUUCUCCGCGAAAUAGCGUCGACACUUCACAUAGCCCAAGACCAUCGCGAACUCUCCUCAUCAACAAAGCGCUUCCUCCUACACCGCCUGACGAUACUCCGGAUUCAUAUGAACGUCCAGGCCCUGCUCGCCAACCGACAACCGCUCCUUCAUUUCCUGCCCCAUUUCCUCUAGACUCCUCUCGCCCUCGAACGACAAGCACCGGACCACCUUCAACGAGUGUCCUUGCUCAUGCCGCCUUAGGCCUCGGUUUACCACAUGCAUCAUCAGCCGCAUUCGCUUCUGUUGAACCCAACUCAGUUGCGUUUUCUUUGCCAUCCAUCCCGACACCAUCAUCAACUGCUCUUCCCAACGGUGUGAGAAGAACAAAGAGUUCACAUCGUGUCCAAGCGCGUCAUGUAUCUGAAGAACACGGGAGACCUCUGAACGGGGACCCAAGGGCUGAUCGUAGGCGUCGCGGUCUUUCCUUCGGUGCAGCAUCCUUUCUUAGCAUUGGUAUGCCCGAUAUAAAAGGAAAGGGAAAGGAGCCUGAACCCGCUGCUUCUUCCUCUAAAGCGUCACCGAAACCGCUUUCUCGCAAGUCAUCUUUUUGGUCGAAGAAGAAAGACAGCCAAGUGAACGAUCCAGCGCCUUCUUCACCUAGUCGAGAUGGGACUGUCGUAGUCCUCCCAGCGCUCCCUCCAGUUCAUCAAAUUUCUCCCUUCGACAUUCCUGACUUCUCCGCUUCAUCGUCCUCGUCAACAAGUGGAACAGAGAAAGUAACACAUCCCCCCGGGAUUUCUCGAAGUCAUCCAGAUAGACCGACCCUUUCCAUAUCAUUUGAUGCCCCCAGGACGUCGAUGCAACCGGAAUCCCUUUAUCUGGAAAUUUCACAAGAAAGGGCCACAGAGCCGCUAUUAAAUCCUGAUCCUCCGAUUUUGCCCAGACUACGAACACAAUCUAGCUCUCCAUUACUUCAUCGCUUAUCCAUGGGGGUGUUUUCUUCCUCCAAUGAGACAUCUCCAGCUCCUAGCACACGUUCGAGUACUUACAAUCUAGCAAAUCCUGUCCCCCAUUUGGCGCGCAAGCCAGAGACUGUCAUACCUAAGCCUCUAGGAGAAGAGGAGUCUCCUGAGCGUUACCUCUUGCGUCUCAAAGCCGCUGUCAGUAAAGCAGAGAUUGCAGGGAUUCUGGCGUCCAGUUCUGAUCCUUUCUAUGCCCAAGCUCUACGGACAUAUAUCAAGCAAUUCGCAUUUCUUGACACACCACUUGAUGUGGCUCUCAGAAAGUUGCUGAUGGAGGUAGGCUUGCCACGUGAAACGCAACAGAUUGAUAGGGUUAUGGAAGCCUUCGCGUUUCGUUAUAUGCAAUGCAACCCAGAGCUCUUCAUCUCUGAAGAUCACCCCUACAUUCUCGCGUUCAGUCUGAUCAUGCUCCACACCGAUGCUUUCAAUCCAUCGAACAAACGGAAGAUGUCGAAAGCUGACUACAUCAAGAAUACCAAGCUACCUGGAAUUUCAACGGAAGUUUUGGAUUAUUUCUUUGACAAUAUUGUAUUUGUUCCAUUCAUAUUUAUUGAAGACCCCGUAGAUUUCAACGGACAACCUGGUUUGACUCCUGAUGUGGCACGCUCCAUGACAGUUAACUCCCCAUCUUCGGCCCUUUCGACUUCCACCGCGAGCGCAUUUAAGAUGGGGAAUAAAGUCGAUCCGUAUUACCUUAUUGCGAAUAAUUUGCUUGACCCUUUGAGGAUCGAUGUUAACUCCCAUGUCGCACUGGAAAACCCGUACAACUAUGAAGGGACAGACGGCCCAUGGGACGAAGCAGAGUUGCAUCGUGCCUUUGUGCAUGCCAGUGUCAUUGAAAUCGAAGCUCCGAUAUUCAAUCGAGCUGCGCCAAUAUUCAGUCUUAGCCCAAGUGGAACACCUAGCCCAUUCUUGCUCAACGGAGAAGACCCUAUUAGGUCCAAAGUGGAACCCUGGAGUCUGAAAAUCACCAAAGUCGGUCUGUUGAACAGGAAGGAUGAUUUCAACGAAGGCGGGAAGAAAUCCCUCAAUCGCAAGUGGAAAGCGUGGAGUGUGAUAUUGACUGGCUCUCAGCUACUAUUCUUCCGUGAUCCUGUGUGGGCUUCUACAUUGCAACCCUCUCUCGCCGGAGACUCUCCUCGACAACCCCUGUUCCCUCCUGCUAGUGUCUUUCGACCCGAUGAACUGUUCUCUGUUAAGGAUGCGGUCGCAGUUUACGAUAGCUCCUAUACAAAGUACAAACACACUCUCAGGCUCGUUUUGGCUGAUGGCCGCCAUAUUCUGCUACAAGCAGCUGAUGAGAAAGACAUGAACGAAUGGAUCUCGAGAACUAACUAUGCCAGCACGUUCAAGUCUGCUGGAGUUCGAAUGCGUCCACCUGAAUUGUCAGGAGAAGACGUGCAUCUCACUGGCGUCGCUGCUGCAACAUCGCAUCUCCAUGACAUGCAAGCACAGGUUGCUGUUCCUCGACCUCGCUCAUGGGAUUCGAAUGCCCCCAACGACUUGAUGGAUAUGUUGACGGGUGAACCAAGAAAGCGGGGGGUUCUUCAGCGCAGAGUAACUAUGACUGGGGGGCGUUCUGACUUUGAUACAGACGUGCCCGUGGCGCCAGAGAUUGAUGGUGCAGAACAAUUCAAAGCCACCUUCGAUCAGGUAAAAGCUGAUUUGGCUGCUGGCUAUUCGUCUUCGCCAGAUGAAGAACCCUGGCUUCAAGAUGGAGGAAACAUUUACGAGACCCUUCCUGCGUCUCCUCUAUCAUUCAGUAGCCAAGGCUCACGACUACCGUCGCGCUCUCAGAUCAUUCGAUCCAAGAUACGAGAAUUGGAUUCCAGGAUUGCUUCCUUACAAUCACAGCUCGACCACGAUAUACGGUACAUCCGAAACAUUGCUAUCCUUACGCCCUUUCAGAAAACCACCCGUUCAAGGCUCUCGAUGGCCAUCCAAAACAUGUCUGGACGCGUGAUGCAAGUGCGUCUGGACAUGGAGAAGGUUCGGUGUCACCGCUCAGUCCUUCGCCGCGACCUCGCCUCUGAAGAUCGUUGCUGGAGUCAGUCGAAACGAGUCGCCCUGCGGGCCGCGAAGGAGACGCUUCAAAGUCGACGCGCCAAUACUGUCCCCGCAAUGACAGCCUCGUUUCCUGAUGAACAGCCGAGAACAUCAAACAUGAACAUUCUCAGCACACCUCCAUCCCCACAACCCCCCUCCUCUUCCUGCGAGUCCUUCCAUUCGGCGAUAGAUGAAGGCGUAGAGUGGUCGUCGUCAGAAGACUUGACAUUCCUAACCGUCUCUCAGAACGGUGACCUUCCCGGGACUGGCUUCUCUACUUCAUCUUCACUGACUUUCCCGGACACUGGUCUUGCAUCCCCUCCUCGGGGUCGUCAGAAGUCGAUGCCGUCAUCCAACUCCAAUGUCCUGGGCCAGCAAAUCAGUUCCUCUUCUCCCUCUUCCGAUAUCGAAGAGGAUGAGCAAGCAGAGGAGUGGAAUAAGACAAGAUGCGCCAAACCGCUACCAGUGGGUGGGCGUCAAAUGGAUUCGACAUCUACAGCUUCGAACUUGGAUGACUCCCGUCUUUCGAGGAAGUCAAUGACACUCUCCCGGAAGUCGACAUCCUCUGAUGGAGAAGGAGAUGUCGCGGAGCGGGCAAGACAAAGGAAGUCCCGCAAGCUGAGCCAAAUCUUCGGGGACGUUGGGUUUCUUGACUACCCAGGAUAUGCGUUCUCGUCAACUGCGCAGGCACAGCGAACAGCCCCGGGGCUCUCAGACAUUGAAGAAGCUGGACAAACGAUGGCUUCAACGGACAGCGUUGUCCGCCAGUCUCGUUCCGAGGAAACGACAGUGGCAGAAGAUACCAAAUCAAUGGAAUCUCGAGACCUCCCGUUCUCCGACAAGAGUAACUUGAAGACACUCAGAGACCAUGGCCAUAACGGCAUCCGGACCGCGGGGUGGAAAUCGAGGGAACGAAGAGUCUUCAGCGAACGUCAGAGUGAGGUCAGACGGACCAAGAAGAUGAGUCGGAUAUUCGGAGAGGUCCCACCGGUCGGGAUGGUGAAGCGCAUACCUUCUUCUCUAAUGCGUCCUGCAAGCGACUACUCCCCCGCAACUCAAGAGAUCGAAUCUUCAGCCUUGAAUCCGAAAGCCUCACUCGACAGCGCCCUCUCCGAGGAGUCUCUUCUCCCUGACACUAUGUCUGAUCCAGGGCACUACAGCACACUCAUCGAUGAGUACGACCACAUUGAAGGACGCGGUGGGUUCUCAAUGGAUAUACGGUUGGAGAGGAGUGAUUUCCAUAAUCGCCGCCGUCGUGCUGCCAAGCUGGCUCAGUUUUUUGGCGAGAGCAAGCUCGAUUGGUCGCCACCCGAGUCGGUGGUGUAA